UGAGUCAGCAGUCAAUAUCCAUGAUUAAAAAAUAGAUUAAAACACUUAAAACUAGAAAUUCUACACAAAUAAAAAACGACUCAGCAUCCUAUAAAUACCCUCCAGACUCUCCCUUUCUUCUUGCCUCUUCGUCUUUGUUUUGCUAUUUACUCCAUUUUCUCAAAUAUUUAAAACAGUAUUUUUGCUUCCUUUAUUUUCUUGUAAUGGCUUUCUCUCCGAUCAACUGCCUCAUUUUCGAUUUGGAUGACACAUUAUACCCUCUGAAAACGGGAAUAGCUCCAGCCGUCAAGAAAAACAUCGACGAUUUUCUAAUGGAGAAAUUUGGAUUUUCUGAAAGUAAAGCUUCAAGUCUAAGAGUUGAACUCUUCAAGAGUUAUGGAAGUACUCUCGCUGGUCUCAGGGCAUUAGGUCACGAUGUUCAUCCUGAUGAAUAUCACAGUGUCGUGCACGGAAGGUUGCCGUAUGGUUCAAUCCAACCUAACAGCAAACUAAGAAACCUUCUGAACAAAAUCAAACAGAAAAAAAUCAUUUUUACGAAUUCAGACAGGAACCAUGCGAUGAAGGUUCUUGAGAGAUUGGGUUUAGAAGAUUGUUUCGAAGAGAUUAUCUGUUUCGAGACAAUGAACCCGAAUUUAUUCGGGGCAACCACCCGACCGGAUGAGCAUCCCGUCGUUCUCAAGCCUUCGUUGACCGCAAUGGAUGUUUGCAUUCGUGCAGCCAACGUUGAUCCUCGCCGGGCGGUGUUUUUGGAUGACAAUGUCCACAAUAUUACCGCGGGUAAAUCUGUGGGGCUUCGCACAGUCCUGGUGGGAAGAUCAGAAAAGACUAAAGAUGCGGAUUACGCGGUGGAGACUGUAACUGAGAUAGCUACGGCGGUGCCGGAUAUUUGGGCGACGGCUACAGCCGGAUGUGAUGACGGCGGUGAGAGGAUCAGCCGCAGCAAGAGUGAGCUGGAAGGUAUGGCUUCGAUCACAGCCGUCGGUGCUUGACGUAUCGAGUUGGCGAAUCGUGACCGUUGGAUAUUUUAACAUUUAGUGGUUGGGAUUGUACAGAUGGCGUUAAAUGUUGAUAACGCAUGUGAAAAAAAAUAAUAGAGGUGGUGGAGGAUAUUAAUAUUCAUCCCAUCUGGACCCCAAAUGUGAAUACGCAAUGAAAAUGUUAAAUGUAUGAUGAUAAUGAUUUCAAUAAGAUGUGUACAUUUUGUGUUUAUUAUCAAA